AGCGUUUUAAGUUAUAAAAAAGGGACUGGCCAAAUGUAAUCAUAAAUAGUUACAUAUUGAUUUUGUGUAGCUAAAUAUUUUAGCAUGCAGGACAGGACUGCAAUGAAAUAGCUUUUAAACCCUUUCACUUUCGAAUUCUUUGUCCUGUACCAGGAAAUAAUCCGUGACGCUUUGUCAGUCGCCGUUCGUCAUUUGGGAAAACGUAACAUUUAAACUGUAGAAUAUAAUUAGAAUAUAGUUGUAUACAUUAUGGCUCUUUUCCAAGUAUCUGGUUUUACCUCUUAUUUGGAACUCCGUGGUCAGAUUCUUCCAGCAGGACAGACGCAACUCGUCGACCGAACAAACCACUACAAUUUCGGGACCAAAACUCAAGAAUUUGCUGUACCUCUGGGUGUAGACCCCUCAGGGUUUCUCAAAUCCUGCAACCGUGACGGAGGUGUGUGCAUAGACCUGAACCACGGCACGACCACCCUGGCCUUCAAGUUCAAAUAUGGCGUCAUCGUGGCUGUGGACUCCCGAGCCUCAGCGGGCCGUUACUUGGCCUCCAACGACGUCAAUAAGGUCAUAGAGAUCAACCCUUACCUGCUGGGCACCAUGUCGGGCAGCGCUGCAGACUGCCAGUACUGGGAGAGACUCCUGGCCAAAGAAUGCAGGCUGUACAGGCUCAGGAACAACCAAAGGAUCUCUGUGGCUGCUGCCUCCAAGCUGCUGUGCAACAUGAUGCUGGGUUACAGAGGCAUGGGCCUCUCCAUGGGAAGCAUGAUCUGCGGAUGGGACAAAGAGGGCCCUGGUCUGUACUACGUGGACGAUGAGGGGAAGCGUCUGUCCGGCCGUAUGUUCUCUACCGGCUGUGGAAGCAGUUACGCCUACGGUGUGGUGGACAGCGGCUACCGGGAUGACAUGACGGUGGAGGAGGCGUAUGAGCUGGGCCGUCGGGGCAUCGCUCACGCCACACACAGGGACGCCUAUUCUGGAGGGGUGGUCAACAUGUACCACAUGCAGGAGGAUGGCUGGAUAAAGGUGUGUAAGGAAGACGUCUCGGAGUUGAUCCACCGCUACAGGAAGGGAAUGUUUUGAAUGUUCAGCACUCUAACUACGACCAACAAGGCCUUUCUUUCCAAAACCUUUUUUUUGUUAACUUAGUUGAUAGAUAGAAUAGUUGAUUUUGGAAAUGACCCCACUUUAGUCUUACAGCAGAGUGUGUGGUCCAUUUCUGAAUUUGGCUCAAUGAAACGUCAGAGCAUGAAAUGCUAUGGAACCAUUUAUUUUCUUAUAAAUGAACUUUGCAGGAUCAAACUGUCAUUAAACUGUUAAGAUCUUUGUUUGGUAUUUGUUCUUCAAAUGAUGAAGGUACUGUGUCUGUUGAUUCUCACGUGAUUCCGUGUAGUAGUUUGUGUUGACCAGACAUACUGUUAAAAUAAUCUCACUACAACACACAGCUCCAAAUAAAGCCUGUUGCUCAACUCAC